CCAUGACUUCAGGAUCUGGGCAUGUGGACUCCAAGGCUGAGCUCACUGCUUUGCUUGAGCAAUGGGAAAAAGACCAUGGCAGCGGGCAAGACAUGGUCCCUAUCCUUACCAGAAUGUCUGAGCUGAUUGAGAAAGAGACUGAAGAGUACCGCAAAGGGGAUCCAGACCCUUUUGAUGACCGACAUCCAGGUCGAGCAGACCCGGAGUGCAUGCUUGGCCACUUACUGAGGAUACUUUUCAAGAACGAUGAUUUCAUGAACGCGCUAGUGAACGCUUACGUGAUGACAAGCAGGGAACCUCCGUUAAACACUGCUGCCUGUCGACUUCUUCUGGAUAUCAUGCCGGGACUGGAAACAGCUGUUGUCUUUCAGGAAAAGGAAGGCAUAGUUGAAAAUCUCUUUAAGUGGGCGCGAGAGGCUGAUCAGCCACUAAGGACGUAUGCAACAGGGCUCUUAGGAGGAGCUAUGGAAAACCAAGAUAUUGCUGCAAAUUACAGGGACGAGAACUCACAAUUGGUGGCUUUGGUGCUUCGACGGCUACGAGAGUUACAGGUUACUGAAAUGACUACAAAGCAAGAAAACAAGCGUCCCAGUCCACGGAAAGUGCCAUCAGAUCCUCUGCUGCCUCUGGAUGAAGAGGCUGUGGAUAUGGAUUAUGGGGAGAUGGCAGUAGAUGGGGAGCAAGAGGAAGUUCCUGGUGACAUGGAGAUCUCCUUUCAUCUUGAUUCAAGUCACAAGACCAGUAGCAGAGUGAAUUCCGCUACAAAGCUAGAUGAUGGGGGACUGAGAAAAAGCAAAUCAGGGAAACAGCAUGAAAGAGACGGCUUCCGGAAGGCCAAGCAAAAGCUGGGCUUCUCCACUUCAGAACCAGAGCGGAUGUUUGUUGAACUGUCCAACAGCAGCUGGUCAGAAAUGUCUCCAUGGGUGAUUGGCACUAAUUACACACUUUACCCCUUGACUCCCGCCAUAGAGCAGAGGCUAAUUCUUCAGUACCUGACUCCUUUAGGGGAGUACCAAGAGCUACUACCGAUCUUUAUGCAACUGGGAUCAAGGGAGCUGAUGAUGUACUACAUUGACUUGAAGCGAACCAAUGAUGUGCUGCUCACUUUUGAAGCCCUUAAGCAUUUGGCAUCGCUGCUGCUGCACAACAAGUUUGCGACGGAGUUUGUUGCUCAUGGAGGAGUGCAAAAGUUGCUGGAGAUUCCUCGUCCUUCUAUGGCAGCAACAGGGGUCUCCAUGUGCUUGUAUUAUUUGUCUUACAAUCAAGAUGCCAUGGAGAGGGUGUGCAUGCACCCCCAUAACGUGCUUUCAGAUGUGGUAAACUACACCUUAUGGCUAAUGGAGUGCUCUCACGCCUCGGGCUGCUGCCAUGCUACCAUGUUCUUCUCCAUUUGCUUCUCCUUCCGUGCUGUCCUGGAGCUCUUUGACAGGCAUGAUGGCCUUCGACGCCUGGUUAACCUGAUAAGCACUCUUGAGAUCUUAAACCUGGAAGACCAAGGAGCCCUUUUAAGUGAUGAUGAGAUAUUUGCCAGUCGCCAGACUGGGAAACACACCUGCAUGGCCUUGCGUAGGUACUUUGAGGCUCACCUUGCUAUCAAACUUGAACAGGUGAAGCAGUCACUCCAGCGCACAGAAGGUGGCAUUCUGGUCCAUCCACAGCCCCCCUACAAGGCCUGUUCAUAUACUCAUGAGCAGAUUGUGGAGAUGAUGGAGUUCCUGAUUGAGUAUGGUCCAGCACAGCUCUACUGGGAGCCAGCAGAGGUUUUUCUCAAAUUGUCUUGUGUCCAGCUCAUGCUCCAGCUCAUUUCAAUAGCGUGCAACUGGAAGACAUACUAUGCAAGGAAUGACACAGUACGAUAUGCUUUGGAUGUACUAGCCAUCCUGACUGUGGUUCCUAAAAUCCAGUUGCAGCUGGCAGAACCUGUGGAUGUGUUAGAUGAAGCUGGAUCUACUGUUUCCACUGUGGGUAUUAGUAUCAUCCUUGGAGUUGCUGAGGGUGAAUUUUUCAUCCAUGAUGCUGAGAUUCAGAAAUCAGCCCUUCAGAUCAUCAUCAACUGUGUAUGUGGCCCAGAUAAUCGGAUCUCCAGUAUUGGCAAAUUCAUCUCUGGAACUCCUCGGCGAAAGCUUCCUCAGGCCCCCAAGAGCAGUGAGCACACGUUAGCGAAGAUGUGGAAUGUGGUGCAGUCCAACAAUGGCAUCAAAGUGCUGCUGUCCUUGCUGUCUAUAAAGAUGCCAAUCACGGACGCAGAUCAGAUCCGAGCGCUAGCCUGCAAAGCCUUGGUGGGGCUCUCGCGCAGCAGUACUGUCCGGCAGAUUAUCAGCAAGCUCCCCCUCUUCAGCAGCUGUCAGAUUCAGCAGCUGAUGAAAGAGCCGGUGCUUCAGGACAAGCGCAGCGAGCACGUGAAGUUUUGCAAAUAUGCUGCUGAGCUGAUAGAGCGUGUCUCGGGGAAGCCGUUGCUGAUUGGCACAGAUGUGUCUUUGGCUCGGUUGCAGAAAGCGGAUGUGGUGGCCCAGUCAAGGAUAACAUUUCCUGAGAAGGAGCUGCUGCUCUUGAUUCGGAACCAUCUCAUCUCUAAGGGCCUAGGAGAAACGGCAUCUGUCCUUACGAAAGAGGCUGACCUACCCAUGACUGCAGCAUCUCAUUCAUCUGCCUUCACCCCUGUUGUGGCUGCUGCCUCCCCUGUGACCCUGCCUCGCACUCCUCGCAUAGCUAACGGCAUCUCAGCCCGUUUGAGUAGCCACAAUUCUGUAGGUUCCACUGCCGCCUCUGUCCAUGCUCAGGCAAGGCCACCUGCAUCCCAAGGUCCACUUGCCCUUCCGGGGCCUUCUUAUGCCAGCAACUCGCCUCUGAUUGGCAGGAUUAGCUUUGUCAGGGAGAGGCCAUCUCCCUGCAACAGCAGAAAAAUCAGAGUAUUGCGACAAAAAUCGGACCAUGGCGCCUACAGCCAGAGCCCAGCUAUCAAAAAGCAGCUGGACAGACACCUUCCUUCCCCACCCACACUGGACAGUAUAAUCACAGAGUACCUUAGGGAGCAGCACGCCCGCUGCAAGAACCCCGUUGCCACCUGCCCCCCUUUCUCUCUCUUUACUCCCCAUCAGUGUCCUGAGCCAAAACAGAGGCGCCAAGCGCCAACUAACUUUACCUCACGGCUGACCCGCAGGGCAGCGUUUCCGAAGUACGGAGGGGUGGAUGGUGGCUGCUUUGAUAGACAUCUUAUAUUUAGCAGGUUCCGUCCAAUUUCUGUGUUCAGGGAAGCAAAUGAGGAUGAGAGUGGCUUUACUUGUUGUGCGUUUUCUGCAAGAGAACGAUUCUUAAUGCUGGGUACUUGCACGGGGCAGUUGAAACUCUAUAAUGUGUUCAGUGGACAGGAAGAGGCCAGUUACAAUUGCCAUAACUCUGCCAUCACGCACCUAGAGCCAUCCAGGGAUGGAUCUUUAUUGCUGACAUCUGCUACAUGGAGCCAACCUCUGUCUGCGUUGUGGGGAAUGAAGUCUGUCUUUGAUAUGAAGCAUUCCUUCCCUGAUGACCACUAUGUGGAGUUCAGCAAGCACUCUCAGGAUAGGGUCAUUGGCACAAAAGGAGACAUUGCCCAUAUCUAUGAUAUUCAGACUGGCAACAAGCUAUUGACUCUGUUUAACCCAGAUCUUGCCAACAACUACAAGAAGAACUGUGCCACCUUUAACCCCACUGAUGACCUUGUCCUAAAUGAUGGUGUCCUCUGGGAUGUCAGAUCGGCACAAGCCAUCCACAAGUUUGACAAAUUCAACAUGACCAUCAGUGGUGUUUUCCAUCCCAAUGGGCUGGAGGUCAUAGUCAACACAGAAAUUUGGGACCUCCGAACCUUCCAUUUGUUACACACAGUACCUGCACUGGAUCAGUGUCGUGUGGUCUUCAACUAUACUGGCACAGUUAUGUAUGGAGCUAUGUUGCAGGCAGAUGAUGAAGAUGACCUUCUGGAGGAGAGAAUGAGAAGUCCCUUUGGCUCUUCUUUCAGGACAUUUAAUGCAACCGAUUAUAAACCUAUAGCUACCAUAGAUGUAAAGCGGAAUAUCUUUGACUUGUGCACAGACAGCAAGGACUGCUAUCUGGCCGUCAUUGAGAAUCAAGGGAGCAUGGAUGCCAUGAACAUGGAUACAGUUUGCAGACUGUAUGAAGUAGGCAGGCAGCGUUUGGCAGAAGAUGAAGAGGACGAAGAAGAAGACCAGGAGGAAGAAGAGCAAGAAGAAGAAGAUGAUGAUGAAGAUGAUGAUGAUACAGAUGACCUUGAUGAACUAGAUACAGACCAGCUGCUGGAGGCUGAGCUGGAGGAGGAUGAGAACAAUGAGAAUGCUGGUGAGGAUGGAGAAAAUGACUUUUCUCCCUCUGAUGAUGAGGAGCUUGCCAACCUCCUAGAAGAGGGAGAUGAGGGUGAAGAUGAAGAUUCUGAUGCUGACGAGGAAGUGGAGCUGAUUCUUGGAGACACCGACAGCUCAGAUAACUCUGACUUGGAGGACGACAUAAUCCUGUCUCUGAACGAGUGAGGAGUGACUGCCAGGUGGGGUGUU